UUCAGUUCCAUGAAGGCCCUGCCCCCAUUACAUUACUUGUACGGUGAGGAUUCAAACUCCCUCAUAAAGUAAAGUCACUUGGUUGAGAUUUAGAUGCUAUAAAUAUUAGUAGAAUAAACCCAAAAUCUCCAUGAGUUGGUGGGAGAGAAGAAAGAAAGAAGAAAAGGGGUUUGGUUUUGUCUAGAGAAAAAGAAAAAUGGUUGAAGGACAGGAAAUCAGAAAGGGUCCAUGGACAGAGCAAGAAGACAUUCAACUGAUUUGCUUUGUGGGCUUAUUUGGCGAUCGAAGAUGGGAUUUCAUUGCAAAAGUUUCAGGUUUGAAGGUGGCGGGAGACAGUUACUAGGAUUGAAUAGGACAGGCAAAAGUUGCAGGCUUAGAUGGGUUAAUUACCUUCAUCCUGGUCUUAAGAGAGGCAAAAUGACUGUUCAAGAAGAAAGACUUGUGCUUGAACUUCACGCUAAAUGGGGAAACAGAUGGUCCAAAAUUGCUAGAAAAUUACCAGGUCGAACCGAUAAUGAAAUCAAGAACUACUGGAGAACCCACAUGAGGAAGAAAGCACAGGAGAAACGAAGGGCUUUGUCUUCAUCUUCUUCUUCCUCAUCAUCAUCAUCAUCUUCUUCUUCUUCUUCCUUCCACAACCCAGCAAAGGAAUUUCCUGCAGAUACUGGACCAGUGAAGUUUUUUGACUCGGGGGGGUCUGAAAUCUCAGCUUCAUCAUCAACAAAGAAGAAGAUAGAAGAAAAUCAAGAACUGGGUGAUCAAAAUGGAUACUCCAUGGAUGAUAUAUGGAAAGAUAUUGAGGUGUCAAAUCAUGAGAGUUUGAUUAUGAAUCAAGAUGUGUACAGUGAAGAAGACUGCAACAAUAAUAACUUUUCUUGUCCUGCUCUGAAUUCUCCUUCUUCAUGGGAGGAUUAUUACCGUGGGGAUUCUCUGUGGAAGAUGGAGGAGGAAGAAAGUAAGCUAAUAUUCUCUGGGUGGCCAGGCCAUGGCUUAGCUCAGCCUAAUCAGAAUUUUUUCUAUUGAAUUUUGUGUAUAAUCAGUAGUGAUUAAUUUGAUAAUUAUCUAAGAAGCGUGUUCCUUCUUGUGCUGUGUAAGUUAACAAAUGCCAUCGUAAGGUAGUAUCUUUUAGCUGUGUUUUUGUUCAUGUAACUAAGUUAAAGAAUAAUGGAAAGUGAUGGAUUUAGAUCCAUUUCCACUUGUGGGUUA